AUGGGCUCGGGGAAGAAAAUCAAGUUGGCCCUGUGUGAGGUGCUGCAGUUUGCAGGCCUCUGCGUGCCUGUCUUCAUCAUCAUGCAGCGCUUCGCCUCCAUAAUUUACCGCGUGAAGAGCCAGGCGCAGCCGCCCGGCGACGCCAGCACCGCCUACUGGCUCAUCGUGGCCUCCUCCGUGGCCUACGUCACCUCCGUGGCCUUGCUGGUCUGGGUGCCCAUGAAGUACAUGGUCUUCAAGAAGAGGAAGUUCUUCGUAGGGAGGAAGAAGUGGAGACCAGUGACCCUGGCCUAUGUCAUCCUCUCAACAUUGCCCUGCUUCGCCUUUCUCAUCGCCAGCUCUGAGGUGCAGAUCAGUAACAGCAUGAAAUACGACACGUUCACUGAGCUCCCAGUGUCGCUGGUCCUGUUCUCGCUGAUCUGCAUUGACAUCAUCGAAAGGAUCCGACACUGUCGCCUCACCGGACAAGCUAACGAAUUUGAGAGGGACGCCGACAUCCCCUCCACGGUCCUAACGCAUGUGGAGCAAGUGACCCCGGUGAUGACGGUGACGGGCCAACUCAACUCCAACGGUGCCAACCCCAGGCCCGAGGCUAACGGCUCUGUGCCGGGUCUUCCAGGUGUCCAGGACAGACACUUCGGCAUGUCAGGGCUGGGUUCCCGCAGAGUCAGCCCGGCCUACCACCUGUCCCCGUAUGCUUACUCCGGGCCCCUCCGCUUCCUGUGUGCCAGCGACAUGAGGGCUGAGAUCUUCGUGGAGAGCUUCAUCUUCUGGUUCGAUACGGUGGAGAUGGUGAGGGUUGCGGGGCACCCCUUGGUCUACUACUCCGGCUGGGUGUUCCCCAUAUACAUAUUCAGCUUCCUGUCCCUUCUGCGGCUCAUCCUCACGCCCCGGAGCCCCCUGCUCUCCUCGUUAGGGGUGGCGCUGCAGGACCUCCCCUUCCUCUUCGUCCGCAUAGCCCUGAUCGCCAUUUUCGGCUUCGUGACGCCACUGCUGUACCUGAUGAAAAACCUGCUGGUGUCCUUGGCAUUCAUUUACUUCAACUUCAUGACCAAGCUGAGAAUCUUUAACACAGAGAGGAUGUUCUGA